AAUUGCAAAUGAGAAAAAGACUUUACAAUUGAGCUUUUGCAAGAUAUUGAAAUAUAAUGCUGUUGUCAGUGAUGUCAUCAUGACGAGAAGCAAGUGGAGGAGGCAAGUGGAGGAGGCAAGGUCGCAUAUUAAGACGCACUCAGGGUGUUCGAACAGAAAAGGGAAGGAGAUGUGGAAGCGAAUAUAUAACAGAUGUUACAUAUUAGGCAUAAUCACUGGUAACCAGUGGAUGCUGCCAUUUUAACCAGACAUGACAUGAAAGAGGUACACUUGAUUCGAUUUCUCACCUCUGACAACAGCACAUCAUUUAAUUUUAACACAACCAAAUUUGAAAACUCAGACAAUUACAUGGAGUAAAUCUGACAACAGCAAGGCCACUCCGCACAUAUGGGGUGUUUCUACUUGUGUUUCCUGUGCACUUCGUAUCUGUUAGUGAUGUUAGUAGUGUAAGUCGCUUUGGUUUUAAAAAAAAGGGCCUGUCAAAUGCAAUAUAAUGUAAUGGAAUGCCAUUUAAAAGGAUAUUGCAGCCAAAUAACAGCCUGUCUUAUCUGAGACUGCAGAAAACUAGUCAGCCCCACCCUGAUUGGCCGACUGGGGGGACGACGGAGGGGGCGUCAGCCUUAGCUCAAAGAUAAGGCAGGGCAACUGCAUGUUUGUGUUUUUUUUCUCUUGGGUCCAUAACCUCCAGACAUACGUGUUGAAGGCAUGAAAGUGACGGAAAAUGCUUCCCACAUACAGCAUUCUAUUCCUGUUGCUGCCGUGGCUGAUGGGAUGCCGUGGUCAAGCUCCUGGUGAGGGCUGUUCCAACUGCGAAGUUUUCGCCGAGAGUGUCGUAGCAGUGCCCACCACACUGAAACCUGGGAUCAAAGAGGUGUACUUUGUGGGAAGUGCAAUCGAUACAAUUCCAAGAGGGGCAUUCUCCACAAAUCCUCAGCUUGAGAAGAUUGAGUUCCUUGGUACUACAACGCAGUUCAUUGAGCCUGGAGCAUUUGAGGGUUUGAAAAACCUUUUGACGAUUGAAAUCUCUAAUGCAAGGCUGGACUCAAUUCCCCAGGGAGUGUUUAGGGACUUGACCACUCUGCAAAGCCUAAAUGUUAAACUCAACAACCUUCAGAGUUUAGAGAGAGGCAUAUUUGAUGGCCUUGUGAACCUACAAUCUUUAAUGCUGCACAUUAACAAUAUAACCGAAAUUGAAGAAGGAACAUUUGAUCAGCUACAAAAUCUUGGGAUGCUUCACCUGGCAAAGAAUAAACUUACCUCCGUUUCUCCAUCUCUGCUUUCCCAACUGAACAAUCUCAAAGUAAUUAGAUUAUAUGAAAAUGAAUUGACAUCUGUACCUGACGGCAUAUUUGACAAUCAAAAAGAACUUAUAGAGAUUGCUUUACACAACAACAAGAUAUCGGACAUAACUCCACAAUUAAUUCCACAUAAAAGUAAAUUAGUUAAGCUAUUUCUAGAGGGUAAUCUCCUGACACAGUUGCCAACUCAGAUGUUUCUUGACUUUCCAGCACUGAAAACAUUAACACUACAUGAUAACCAACUGACAAAUCUUCCCCAAAACUUAUUUGGAGAUGUGCCUAGGCUUACUGAGCUAAGCUUUAAGCACAACAAUCUUACGUCACUUCCUGUUGGGGGCUUAGGAGGAGUUAAAAAGCUUCGCAAGCUGGAUCUAUCUGAGAAUAAAUUUGAGGAUUUGAUGACAGAGUACUUUGAAGGUCUGGACAAAGUCACUGACCUGAAUCUUCAAAAAAACUUUAUAAAAUCCAUCACACCAGAAACGUUUGAUAAAGUGAAAGCAGUAACGAACCUUAAGCUUUCUAAAAAUCAAUUAACAUGGCUACCGGAGGAUGCAUUCAGCUCCUUGCCAAAGCUAAGUAAGUUAUACCUUGAUGGCAACCCUUGGCACUGUGACUGCAAACUAAUACCCUUUUACUACUGGUUGGAAAAACAAAGCAGUAUAUUAAAAUCAAAAGUAAAUUGUGCCACACCCGAGAAUUUGAGAGAUAGAGAGAUAAUCCUUUUACAGGAAGAGGACUUUGUUUGUCCGACUACAUUGCCAACCACCGGUUUUAAGCAUAGGCCGGCUAGACGGUCGCCUAGAGCGCCAUGUGAAGAAGGGGAUGGCCCAAAUAGCCACAAGGGACAAGGGACGGCACUGAUGGCCUCACCACGAAAGGCCAUAGCUUACUUCCUGGCCAAGAACACCCUCUCCCCACAGGACACGGCCACAGUGCUCUCACUGGCUGUGAGGAAACUGGGAGAGUAUGGAUUUUAUAUCAUUUCAGUGGUUUGUGACCAAGCCCCCUCCAACACGAGGGCCCUGAAACUGCUGGGGGCCACUCUAGAUGCAGCAGACACCAGAGAUGAGGCACAUUGCAUAACUGUGGAUGGCAAAACCAUCCCAGUUAUAUUCGAUGUGCCUCAUCUCAUCAAGAGUGUGCAACAACCUAAAAAAGCAUGGCCUGACGACCCAGAUUCACUCCCCCAUGCCAGUGUGGCCGCCUUCUCACCAUCAGGAGCGUCCUUCGGAUUUCAGGGCGGCUCGGGAAGGAACCUGAAGGAUUUAGAUUCCUCUGCACAGCCAAGCUGA